AAAGUAGUGUGUUUAUUGGUAUAGCAGUAUGUACUAUGUUUACACUUUGCAAUCGGCCUAGCCUGGCUAAUGAGCUAUGGCUUAUUAGUUAUUAUUAUUUAAAAUAAUUAACAUUUUUACUGCGGCCUGCCGAGUACAGGUGCUUAUUGCUUAUUACUUAUACAAAAUACUGAAUAUCGCGAUUUUUUUUUUUAUCGUAGUAUUUGACUAUGUAUAAUUUGGUAUUUUGGUCAUAAUGAACGUUAUCAUGUUGCUGUCAUUUGAACACCAAUAACGUAGUUGCGCGGUAUCUUGGCUGUUAGCAUGUUAGCUGAUUCGAUCUUACUUCUUUUUACUUCGGCAGUUCAGCAUUGUUGUCAUUUUAUGUAAAAGUGUAACACAUGGUGCAUGUAAGUUAUGUAAUAUUGGAAUGUUGAAUUCUCAUCGACUCGUUAGUUUCGCAUAAACUAAUAUUUCACCGGUUGGACCAAAUUGAAUUUAAUCAAAAAUCAAUAAAUACGAUGGUCCGUCUGUCUUUGGCCCACUGCGCUCGUAGCUGAAAACAUUAACUGCACUGCCGCAGCCGGUCGUUGCGUUUUACCGGGUGUUGCCGUUCACUCGUUUGGUUUUUGCUGGUGCAGGAUUGCACGAAGAAUCGUUCGACAUGAGCAAUAUGCAGAUGCAUUUGCAUAGCGAGAAUUUCGAUCUUUGCAGGAUUUGCCUGCUGGAACCAGAAACGAAUAGACACAUCAAGUUCAUACACAUUUUUACUCCUAACAAUGGAGGUUUAAAACUGAAUCAACAGAUGAUAGAUCUUUUAGGAAUAAAAGUUGAAAAGGAUGAUAUUAAACCAAAAAUUAUAUGUGAGAAUUGUCAUAAAUCACUAAUGAGUUGGAUUGAAAUGAAGAAAAAAGCGGCCGAAUCUCAAAUUGUUAUAAAUUAUAUAGCUACAAAAAAAUUUGGUGUUACUAUUCCUGGAACAUCUAAUGCAUCUUAUUCAUCACCAACUUCAAGGAAUAAAGAAGAAUCUAUCAAGGAAUCAACUUCAUUCAUACAUUCUCGAUCAAUAUCAAAACAAUCAAAUAACAGCAGAACAAAUUUAAAUGGUUGUAGUAGUAUUAGUAGUAUUAACAGUUAUAAGAAACAAGGUAAUUCAAGUCGAUCAUUUUUUACGAAUCAUUCAAAAUUAGCAUCUGCUGAUAGUGAAUCAGAUGAUGAGACAUCUUGUUUAGAAGUAAGAGCCCCAAUUGAAAUAAUUGAAUUAUCAUCGGACAGUGAAUGCGACGACAGCUAUAUUAUAAAUGAUUUAAAAAAUGAAAAUGAAGUUGAAAAUGAAAAAUUACACUACUGUUCUAUUUGUCAAAGGAAGAAUAUUUUGAACCAUGAUUGUUCGAAAUACAAUAAAUCUCUCUUAACUUGCUUGGUACCUAAUUGUAACAUUUUAUCAAGAUCAUUAAAAGAUUUUACACCACAUUAUCGACAACAUUUUGGUUUAUCUUCUUCGGCAAUUAUGUGUCCUCGUUGUUAUCAAGAAAUGAAACAAUCUGAUAGUAGUCAUGUAUGCUGCCAUACUUUCAAUUUAUUUAAAUGUUAUACAUGUAGUGUGGUAUUUAACAAUAUGAAAGAAUUUGCCUAUCACAAAUUAAAAACACAUAAUGGCCGAUUAAUGAACUCUUAUGGUAAUUAUUUAUGUUUUUAUUGUGAAGUAUCAUCUGCGGAUCUAACAAACAUUAUUGAACAUACUAAGCAUUGUCUUGAAAAUCAACAAAAAAAUGCAACUGAACACAGUAAAAAACUAAAAGAUCCUACAAAAAGUGUUACUCAAUUAUUACCUGUUAAAAAAAGUAAUAUGAAGAAUACAUUGGAACGUAAAAAAGGAAAUGAGAAAAAGAUUCCCCGUUCAUCAACACAUAUACUUUUUACUUGUUUGAAACCGACUUGUAAUCUUAUCUUCCAAAAUUUUACCGUUUUUAAAUUUCAUCUUCGUGAGCACUUUGAAUUUGGGAAUAAAUUGAUGUGUUGGCAAUGUUGUGCACCAUUUUCUGAUCUAAAUGCUCUUAGAUGCCAUCAAGUAAAAGGUGAUUGUCGUACUCCUGAAAUGUUCAAGUGUUAUGAAUGUUCUGAACAAUUUAAAGAUCUUGAAAGAUUAAGUAUUCAUAAAUAUACCAUACAUAAUGGUAAUUUAAUAGCAAGUAAAAAAAAUAAGACUAUUAAAUGUAUAUACUGUAGUGAGGAUAUUGAUAUUCAUAAUUUGAAAUCUCAUUUGGUUACAUGUCAAUACAACCUAGGUAAUCCAGUUAAUACAGAUGUAAAAAUUAAACCUAAAUCUGCCUAUGCUAAAAAACAUAAAGGCCCUUUUAAAUGUGUAAUUUGUUGUAAAGUGUGUCUUACAGCAGCAGCAUUAACAAGUCAUGUUAAGAUUCACAAUCCAUCUCCACUACAAAAAACUGUGAAAAAAAGAAUGAGUAAUACAUCUUUAAGAGCUGAAAAUUGUCCUGAAGUGUCUAACUCAAGUAAUAAUCAAGAAACUGAUGUAGAAAUAAAUAAAAAUAGUACUUCUCAACAUGAUACAAUUGUAUCUAUUAAUAAUGACAUGGCCAACAUUGGUGAAAAUAAUGAGUUGGAUGUUGAGAUGAAUACAUUAUCUGGUAAUUCAAGUAAUGAAGCAAUGGAAUCUGUUAAUUAUGGCAUGUUUCCAAUUGUAAAUACAGUUUUUAAAUGUAAUAAUUGCUCUAGAAAAUUUAAAUCAAAUUCAACUUUGGCAAGACAUAGGCGAUUUUGUUGUAAUUCAAUACCAAGUACUUCAAAAAGUAAACCUCACAAUUAUUAUUGUACCAAAUGUAAAAAGUAUUAUACACGCCUAACUUUUUCUCAACAUUGGAGAAUACAUCAUGGAAAAAGACUCCAAUAUCAUAAAUUUAGACGGUAUUCUUGUAAAAAAUGUCCCUUUAAAUUUAUGUACAAAAUAGCAUUAGCGAUGCAUACUGAACAUGUGCAUGGUGAUCUAGACAACACAAUUGCUGUUAUAUCAUCUAAUAUAACUCCUACUAACUGUGUAGUAAUGUUACCAGUUAUAUCUGAAACUACAUCAUUGGCUAACAAUAUUCCUGAAACAACUAUGGAAAGCAAUGUAUCAAUUAAACAAGAAGCAAAUGAAAAUACAUUAUCAAAUCAUUGGGAAGUGACUAAUAACAAAUUUAAAGAAAAUAUAAUUGAAAAUAAUACAAAUGAAGGAAAUAAUGAAGUUAAUGAUUUGAAAAAUAAUGAAGUCGUUGAAUUGAAAAAUAAUGAAGUCGUUGAAUUGAAAAAUAAUGAAGUCGUUGAAUUGAAAAAUAAUGAAGUCAAUAACUUGAAAAAUAAUGAAGUUAGUGCAUUGAAAAAUAAUGAAGAACAGAGUACAAGUAAUAAUAAUGAUGAUGGAGAUGAUGAAACUGAUGUUUACACUACACAAAAUAUAAAUCAAAUUAUUGACACAUUGAAUUUUAGUGAAACAAUAGAAAAUUUACUUUUUGACGAAGAUACAGUGGCAGUUAAUAAUAUUUGUUCAAUGGAUGAUUCAGAAUGUGACAACAAUUAUAUUGAUAAAACAAACUCUAAAAUAGAUAAUAAUGAAACAAGAAUAUCCUCUGUAAAAGAAGAAGCGAACCAAAAUUGUGGCGAAUCGGUCUCAAUAAAUGAGACCCAAAAUGUUAAUCAUGUAAAUGACAACAAAACCAAUAACUCAGUACAAGAAUUCCUUACUUCAAGUGAAUAAAACUCAUGGAAAAAAAAACAAAAGAAAUAUUGACUUAAAAUAUCUAUUUUACAGGUAUUUAAUUUACAUUGAAGAAGUUCAUUAUAUCAAACAUAAGUAAAAUAUAAAUAAAAAUAUCUUAUUAUAACUGAAAUGAAAAAUAAAAAGUUCUGCACUGAAAAUAUUAUUAUUAUUUUAUUUUUAUUUGAUAACUAAUAUUUUUUGUAAUGAUAAAAGUUUGUUGAAAUUAUUUUCGUGUCAUAAAAUUAUCGAAGUUUUAUAAACAUAUUAAAUAACUGAAAAAAAAACUAUUCCCUUAAUAUACAAUUACAUUUUUUUUUUGUUAUUAUUUAAUUUAGUAAAUAAGUAAAGUAGAUUGAUACAGUAGAUUAUGUACUGAUUUUUAUUUAAAUUUUGUAUUUUAAUAUAAUAUGUAUUCUUUGUAUAAUACACCAAAAUAUCUAAAUGAGAAGUGACUUAUUAAAUUUAAUUGUAUCAUUAAAGCAAUUAAUUUAUUUUAAAUGUAUGUUACACUAUUAUUUUGAAUGUUAUACAUGAUUAAUUUAUAAGUAUGGAUUUUUAACUCGAAUAAAUUACUAAGUUUUUAUAAUAGUAUUUACUUAGGCUUUCUAUAAAUUUGUGUUAGUGUGUUAUUUGUGUAAAAAUAUAUACUGACCUGUAUUAAAUAAACUUGUAUCUGUUAUAUCAUUAUUUUAUAUUAUAAUACUUAAUACUUAUAAAAUAUCUCUUAGUUAUGUAUUGCUAAAAAUAUUUUAUUAAAUACAAAAUUUUAGUUAUUGCUUUAAAUUUUUAUAUUUUUUUAGGUAUGUUAAAAAUACACUUAUUAAUGUUGUAAUAUUCAUAUUACAAUAUUGAACAAAAUUUCAUUUAAUAUUUUACUAUUGUUGUGGUCUUUACCUAUCAUCACAAAAUAAAUUGCAACUCUUAUUUGUUAUGAUUUUUAUUUUCCUAAUGGAAAAUUACUAGUUGAGUGUAUUGUAUAAAAAUAAUUUUUAUGAGUUUAUAUUGUAUUACACUUCUUGAUGUAUAAAAUUGAAUUCAAUAUAAUAUAUUUUUUUUAAUCAACA